AGGAUCAGAACCGGCGAAACCCUGGGCUGCUGAAGCGGCCCUGGCUUCCUGUUUUCUAAUCAUCAUUACUAUUUACUGAAUACAACCAUCUUUAGUCUAGCACUAAUUUAGGCAUUGGCUCUAAUUCUUAUGUCUUUCCUGCAGGUAGGUCUUAUCAUCUCCCAUUUUACAUGUGUUGAAAAUAAGCGCAGAAAGGUGGAAUGAUUUGAUAAGAUUCAUGUAGGUUGUGAGUAACAGAAUAAGAAUUCACAUCAAAUCUCUUAUCUCCAUACACAUGCUUUUUCUACUAGACAGUGUUAUUGAAACGUGAGGAAUAACACUAGUGUUGCAGAGUUGUGAGUAGUGGUGUGAACAAGAGAUGGGUAGUGUUAAUCUGUAAACAGUACUUUUUAGGCUGGGUUUUACCCAGUAUCUGAGCUUUCAGUGGUAUGUUAUUCAGUGUUCUACAGUUGGGCUGCUUUGAGUAUUUCAUUCUGCCAAGAGCUGAAUGUUAAAACACAUCUCACUGCUAAGCCCUCCUCAGGCCUUUGGCGCCCUUGCUGUUAAAGGCAGGUGGUCUGAAGAAAGGCUCCCUCUAGGUUCUUGCACACUAUACACAACACAUAACAGUGCGAGACAACUGUUAGUUCCUUCCUUCCCUUCUCCCCCCACCCUCCAGAAAGCUGGGCCCCAGAUGGAAGAGCUGGAAACGUGUCAACUGUUCUCUGAAGGGCAUUGAGGAAAUACUGUCAAGAGGAAAAAGACAAACGCAACAGCUCGUUAGUCUACUAAUCAGUUGGUCCUGAGAAAAGGGUGCCAGCAAUGCCUGGAUCGCCUGUGGAAGUGAAGAUACAGUCAAGAUCCUCACCUCCCACCAUGCCACCCCUCCCACCAAUAAAUCCCGGAGGACCCAGGCCAGUGUCGUUUACUCCUACAGCAUUAAGCAAUGGCAUCAACCAUUCUCCUCCUACCCUGAAUGGUGCCCCAUCACCACCACAGAGAUUCAGCAAUGGUCCUGCCUCUUCCACGUCAUCUGCACUAACAAAUCAACAAUUGCCAGCCACUUGUGGUGCUCGGCAGCUCAGCAAGUUAAAACGCUUCCUCACCACUCUUCAACAGUUUGGCAAUGACAUCUCACCUGAGAUUGGGGAGAAGGUGCGGACUCUUGUUCUAGCACUGGUGAACUCAACAGUAACAAUUGAAGAAUUCCAUUGCAAGCUCCAAGAGGCUACAAACUUUCCUCUUCGUCCUUUUGUGAUUCCAUUCCUCAAGGCUAACCUGCCACUGCUGCAGCGAGAACUGCUGCACUGCGCUCGGGCUGCUAAGCAGACGCCAUCCCAGUACCUGGCUCAGCAUGAGCACCUUCUGCUCAACACCAGUAUUGCGUCGCCUGCAGACUCUUCUGAGCUGCUCAUGGAAGUGCAUGGAAAUGGGAAAAGGCCCAGUCCAGAGAGGAGGGAAGAGAGCGGGUUUGAAAGAGAGACAAUUGCUCCUGAGCCUCCUGCCAAGAGAGUGUGUACCAUCAGCCCUGCUCCCCGGCACAGUCCUGCCCUCACUGUGCCCCUCAUGAAUCCUGGGGGCCAGUUUCAUCCUACUCCUCCGCCUCUUCAGCACUACACCUUAGAAGAUAUUGCAACUUCCCACCUGUAUCGUGAACCCAAGAUGCUGGAACAUCGAGAAGUUCGUGACAGACACCACAAUCUUAGUCUAAAUGGAGGCUAUCAAGAUGAGUUGGUAGACCACCGUUUGACAGAAAGGGAAUGGGCUGAUGAAUGGAAACAUCUUGAUCAUGCCCUGAAUUGUAUUAUGGAAAUGGUAGAGAAAACAAGGCGCUCCAUGGCGGUUCUGCGGCGCUGUCAGGAAUCUGAUCGUGAAGAACUCAACUACUGGAAAAGACGAUAUAACGAAAACACAGAGAUGAGGAAGACAGGGAGCGAGUUGGUCUCCAGGCAGCACAGUCCUGGGAGUGCAGAUUCUCUCAGCAAUGAUUCUCAGCGGGAAUUCAACAGUAGGCCAACAACAGGAUAUGUACCUGUGGAGUUUUGGAAAAAAACUGAAGAAGCUGUGAAUAAGGUGAAAAUUCAGGCCAUGUCAGAAGUCCAGAAAGCCGUUGCCGAGGCAGAACAAAAAGCCUUUGAAGUGAUUGCAACAGAGAGAGCUCGGAUGGAGCAAACCAUAGCAGAUGUCAAACGGCAGGCUGCAGAGGACGCCUUCCUCGUCAUAAACGAGCAAGAAGAGUCUACGGAGAACUGCUGGAACUGUGGCCGCAAAGCCAGUGAGACCUGCAGUGGCUGCAAUAUCGCACGAUACUGCGGCUCUUUCUGCCAGCAUAAGGACUGGGAGCGGCACCACCGCCUCUGUGGCCAGAACCUGCAUGGCCAGAGUCCCCACAGCCAGAGCCGGCCACUGCUUCCUGGAGUGAGGGGCUCCUCGGCCCGGUCUGCCGACUGCAGUGUGCCGAGCCCGGCCCUGGACAAGACCUCGGCAACCACCUCGCGCUCCUCGACACCUGCCUCUGUGACAGCCAUCGACACCAAUGGACUCUGAGCUGCAGACUUACUUCACCUGAUGACCUUGCAGCACAGCAGAGCACUGCACCGGGGGCUGGCUGUUUGAACCAGUGCAAGUGGCUGUUGGGUCAUCAACAAGCAGUGAAGUGGAGGCAGGAAGAGUGCAAGCCCAGCAAACACUGCUCCACAACCCCUCUGGACACUUGCCCCAGUUUCCCUCUGUGGGAGCUGGUGUGCCAUUCUCUCUGCACACAGGCAGCUGGCUGGAGCUGCCUCCUCCAUGGCUUUCUGGUUUGUUCCUCUCCCAGCUCUUUUCCAGUGUAGACCACCAGCUCCCCUCCCUGCCUCUUGAGGCAGCAGACUGUCGAACGUGUCCAGCCAGGCUGGAGGCAGCUUACUCCAUUGCACUGUCUGCUACUCCGUCGUCCUUCUGCAGCAGAGGCUUGGAGGCUGACAGCAGGCCGAGGGGGAGGCCCUCCUCUGACAGAGUGGCCCUCUCACCCCUGAACAGCUCCUUGAGCCCCAUUUUCACCCUCAGCAGGUGCCACUCAUUGGCCCCAUGGAGACUUAGGCAGGCACAAAGCAGCACUCAGGACUCGCCCACUUGACCCUGCUGUUGAGACUUAAGAUUCUCAGAAACCACAGGAAAGAAGUCACCACUUCAGUGAAAGCACCGUAAUAAUAAAAAAUAAAUAAAACUUCCUCCAGGCAUCACAGAUCAUUUUGGACAAGAUUUUCCAACCUGGCUGGCUACAUUAGUUUGGGACCCAUUUUUUCCUCUCUUCUUUAAGUUUGCUUGUGCAGAAAAUAGUUUCCAGCGCAUGGAUUGGUCUGAGGGAGAAUGAGACUCAAUUGUGGAUAGUCUCUUCUCUCUGAGCAUGUUGGCCAAACUUGUAUCGUCGGAUUAUUGAAUGGAUCAUUUACUGGAAAUGCAGAAGCUUUUACCACCGCUUGGCUGUUGCACAGUCGUCUUGUUCUGUAUCCUUUUAUCUCAGACCACGCAUGUCCAGAUCACUGUGUGGAUCUUCUUCCUGUGGUCUCUGUUUGGCGCCCUGUAAGCUGCAGUUGUCCCAUAGGAUGUGAUGUGGUGUGGCUAGGACUUCCUCACCAGUCAAGGCCUGGUCACUUCUAAGCAGCCCUCUUGGACCUGAAAGAAUUCUUCAAACCUCGUGGUUUCAUGUCUUACAUACUACGUCAGUUUACUGUCGGGCAUACAAUUUCACUUUCCCUUCUCUUGUGUUGUUUGAUACCUGCCCUCUUUGAGCUAAGAGAAGUUUUGUGAAAUGUCAGAACCUUUCUGAGAAAGCCUGACCAAUUUUUCUUCCUGUCUUCAGAGAGUUUUCCAGCAGUUUACCUGGCUCUCCAAACAUGACAUCACUUAUACCCCUUUGAAAAUGUUAAGAACAGCUACACACAUCCUUCCCUGCCAUUCAGGUUUCCUUGGGAGCCCUAGGACCCUGACUCUCCCAGUCUCCACCUCCAAGUCUGCAGCACCCAGUCGCCCCAAGGAACCAGUUGGGGUGAGUUGGUUGGCCCAGCUUUAGAUGGCAACCUUCUGUGCACUGACCAGAGUGAAAUAAAAGCUCCUGGUCCCGGAAAGGUAAAGGGAUCAGCAUAGGUAGCAUUGUCCUUGCAAAUAGGUGUAUCUUACUUUAAGAACUUUAAAUCCCUAAUUUACCUUACCUAAGGAUUUUCUGUCUUACAAAGAAACUCAGUACAAAGCACCUUUAAAUUACCUGGAUUUCCAUGGCAUAAAGUAAAGUAGACCUAGAGAAAGACUAACGGAAUAAUGUUACCUUAUUGUGGAACUCCUUAAACUGCAGUCGCUGGGAGGUGUCCUGACUUUUGAUGAAAUUAGUACCCCGGACAGGACUUGCUUACAUUUCCACAAGAUGUGGGAUGUCCCAUGAAGAGUCGUGGAACCUGUUAAUCAGUUAUAGCAAGAGGGUGUCUCAUGUGUCCACCAGGUCUGUCCUUGGCUCACUGUCUUUUCAUCGGCACUUGAACACCUAGGUGGGUUCUUUAAAUCUUCAGUGGCCACAAGACUAGCCAGAGUAGCACAGAUUUUUCCUCGUUGGAAUAAAGAGCCAAAACCAACAAGAUAUAGUUCGUCAGGGCUCAAUGUCUGUUUUCUACAGCUAACAUUUAGGUUGUGUGUGCAGGUCCUAGCCUACCUUUGUGGGCUGUGGUUCCAGUGACAGCUUAGUUUUCAGAGUUUUUGUAAUGCUAUUGCAUACUGCCUUGCUCAUGUGCUACCCAGAGACCAAGCUGAAAACCUGGGCAGUAUUCCAACUGUAGUUCAGUUCUCAGACCUUUUGCUGUGUUAAUUUUAGUCAGUUACACACAUAGGGCAUCUGUCCAAGACUUCCUGUUUAGAUGUGGAGAAUCCCUUUCUCCAGCUGCCUCCUUUCUGAAAUCCUCCAGCUUUCUGGUUGGGGGCAGGAGGAAGGGGGGUGGCUAGAGGAGCAGGGGUGAGUCCAGGUUUCCACUUGGUAUCCAGUGUCUGCUGGCACUACCCCAACUACCAGUUUAGGGGCGCAGGUUCAGACUUCUCACUUUCUUCUAGUUAGAUUUAAAAUAUCUUAAUAUAAUCAGGCUGCUUAGAGGACCAACUUUUAUAGUUAAUAUUUAGGGGGACAAAAAGUCAAAGAGGACCUCAGAGUGGUGGUACUAAGGGUGUUGUCAGGGCAGUGACAGGCUCUUCCAUGUUAUCGUAGAACCAAAAGCAGAUGUGACACAUGCCUACUCACCUGUCAGAACAAAUCUGGAGGAUGAAGCCAGUGCUCAGCAUCACCCAGUGAGGGACACUGAUGAGUGAUGGAGCAUCACUGUCCUCGGCCCAGUGAGGAGUUGUUGCAGGAAACAGAGAAGAGACCAAAAGUGGCCAAAAUAGGAGUCGUCUCUAAAUGUUCCAAGGGAUACUUGGGGCUGGAUCUUCGUAUCUUCAGUUGUCCUUUGUGUCCCCACUGCUGCACCGUGCCUGACUCCAUCCAGUGGUGAAAACUGACAUGGGAAGAAGUUGGUUAAUUUUCCACCUGCUCAGGAAUAGGCAGCCCACCUUAUAAGGUGAGAUCACUCCACUCAGGAGGGCCCCUGCAGCUCCAGGGGUGGGGCUCUAGCAGAUCUGCUCAGGCACAGUCAUGUGACUGAAGUCACAGAGUGAGUAGAUCUUUUCUUGGACGGUGCUGAGUCAUAUAUGUCUCUCGAUGGAUCUAAGUUUGGAAACAGGACACAUCUACUCAGCACAGUCCAUGUCUGGCAUUGGCUGCAGUGUGCCCUGUGCUGUGUGGACCUCUUUUGCCCAUCCAAGCCGGUGGGUCUACCAAGAGCCCCUUGCUUCUUGGUGUCUAUGUGAGCAUCUUCAGCUUCUAGACAGAAAAUCUAUACUUUACUUUGUAUGGCCUUGUCCCAAAGUCAAAUUGAUCUCCAGUGCUGUCACCUGCUUGCAAAGGGUGUAGGCCUGGUUCUGGUUAGUUCCAGAUGAUAUCUCAGCAAGUGGAUUUGAAGAUUCAACAACACAAUUGCAAUUCUAUGGUAGUGAAUUCUUCGGAAUGAAAGCAUAAAUAAUGACCAGGUGGCCAUUUGUCCUGGAAACUGUAGAAGGGAUUAUGGAUUGAAUAAAUUGUUUAAAGUAGAACACAUCUUAGGGGCUUUUUUCAGAACUAGUUUCCAGGCUCCUGGGUCAGUAGAUCAAGCCAACUUCCUUAGAUUUUUUUUUUUAGCUAUUGCAGAGAACUGGGCAGUGGCAUGUUUGAACCAAAUGUAAGAAAAACCAGAGGAACCUGGACUGUUCCAGCAUGGGCCGGACAGACAGCUGUUGGGGAGGAGUCCUGCCCGGGGUUGGGUGGGGAGCUGGGCGAGCUGCUGAAUAGGGUCCUUCCAACUCUCAGUGUCUGUAGUUCUUGUGAAACCAAAAUGUUGACUGCCUGCCUCUGCCCAUGUGCAUUGACGUGCUCAUUUCCAAAGAUGAUGGUGCAGGUGAGCUUUUCCAUCGUGAGCCAGGAGAAGGUUAGGAGGCCUGAGGGCAGACCUGGCAUCCCGCCUUCCCCUCUACAGCCCCAGAGAUGGCGCUUCCCCUGCAGACCCCACCUGGUCAGGCCCACAGCUGCCCAGUGGACACUCAUUGAUGCUUAUACCAAAUAGGGCAUGUGCGGCUGGCAGGGACAGCCCUGUCCCUGCGCUGGAGUUGGCAGAGAAAAGCAGCAAUAAGCAUUAGGCGAAUGGUUGAAAGUGCUGUUUGGCUAAGAGGCCUUCGGUCCACUUUCAUGGCUUUCCAAGUUCCUGAUGAGGCUGCAAAAGCUCCGUCCUAGAAGAAAGCCAAUAAUGUAAAUAAGUGGAAAACUAAGCCUCCACCCGUGGUUUUUAAAGGUGAAGAUGAAUGAAACCACCCACAGGAUGCAGUACAGUCUGGUUUUUCUGUGCUUUGUCAUUUUACUCUGAUAGGAACUUUUGUUACUUAACUCUGUGCAUAACUUAUUUAAUGUACUGUAUAAAUGAACCAAAACUGUUAAAUAUGUAUUUAGUUUGUUCUACUUAAAGUAGUCAAUAAAAAGGCUAUAUUCCUUUUCUGA